GUUGCGAGUGUCUGAUUGGGUGUCAUUCGGAAAAAAAGACCAGCAUUAUAAACAUUCUCUGGCUGGUACUGCGAAAGUAGUUCGAUUAAUUGCUGUCUUUGUUCAGGAAGGUUCAACUAGCACGCUUUUUGAUUCUCCAUGA